AUGCAGACCGACAGUCUUGAAGUUUUCAAUGAAAAAGACGCUCCUCGACCAAGGUCACUUUCACCCUCCCUGCACAGUGCAGAAAUACCAUCUUUUCUACCGCCAAAUCUGUCUGCAGGUUACGAGGCGCGUGAAAAAGCCAUGAAAGACAAAUUCAGGAUGUUCUGGAUGUCAUCCCUUGCGGAAGGAUUCAGCGAAGACCUUGAGGAAAUACGAAAGGAGCCAAAUUUGGGACCCUCCAAGCUAGCACUGCUUAUUGAUUCGCUCGCAGCUGGGGCAGAUGUUUUUACGUCUUCUGCGUCCGCCAACGGGACAGACAUGAAUGAAGUAGAUGUCGUCAUGGGCGCAUGA